AUGCAUGCAUACAUGCUCGCUCCCGACACUUGGGCUCUACCAUUACACACGGAAGAAGAAUGGAAACGAGAAGCAUCAAUGCUACUGUACUCCGUACAGCCAGACUACAUGGCAGGGGGGUUUCACGAGACAGCCGACUCAACAAACUUGGAUCAUGGAUGUGAGGUGAGCCAAGCCAUGGACCGAUAUACCGGGUCCAUAAACGAUCCAGGCACAGUAGAGCAUACACGCGGCAUUGGCAGAGCUUGGGCCAGGACAGGGUUUGUUGGAAGCCCAGAUGCUUGCAGAUGGGGACACGGCGACGGCGAGAGUACUGCAGACAGACUGAGUAUGCCACCGCGGGACAUGUUCCCCGGCACCGUCAUUGGUACUAGCCCGUCGGUUUAUGGACAGAGGAGUGGGAAGGGUGGCAAAACCCGUUAA